AUGUCUGACGACAAUUAUUCUAAAUACCCUUGGCGUUUGUGCGGUUUGGGCUUUGCUAUCGCAGAAGCCUUGAAGUACAGCUACGGGAGGGGAGUCACCAAUGCAUGCUCAACUGUGGCCUCUACGUACAUAAUAUUACGAGCCUUGAAACGAGGAAUACGUAAUGAGAGAGCGUUCAUGGCGGCAGCAGCCGACUCGCUCAUUUUCGACGCCUUCGCCUCAGUAAUAAUACCCUCGUUCAUCACAUACCAUGUCUGCAGGAUAACCUACAGAUCUUUCUAUGAGAAAGGCGUGGAACCAGGAAACAUCAUUUGGGAACCCACCAUAGCUGGCCUGGUGGCCUUGUGUUUCACCGUUGACAAAGUGGAUAAUCUUGUCAACGAUGUGAUGGAUAAAACUCUCAGGGAAAGUAGCGAUAAUUAA